AUGACAUCGACGUUGUCAAAUCAAGCUCAGUUGAGAUACAUGGUAGAGUGGUUCCAAGAGUGGUCUGAAAUGCAGCGUGGAGAUUUUUUAAAUAUUCUUAUUGAACGAUGUGGACCAGCUGAUUUAGUGAACGGACUCGUGCCUGGUAUCGAAGGACUGGGUUGCAAUAAAGAUGAACCAACGAGACCACCAAGUUUGUUUCAAUGUCGUGUAAAACUUUUCCAAGAGUGGAGCCAAAAUUGGACUCAGCAGGAGAAAGAUAGUCUACUGGGUUCCAUAAAAAAUAUUGACGCUAAAUUCGCUGAAAAAUAUGAACGAAGACUGACUACUGGCAACGCUGAUGAAGAAGAAUCGUAG